AUGUACCAAAGCGCCUGCAAUGCGGCCACAACGGGCUCUUGUGUCCCUGGAGCAGGCAAUCAGACCGAUAACGAACGGCAGUCGGCAUUGAUUGCCCAGCAACCACCCACCGCUCCAGUGGAGCCCGAUUACAGUGGCUUCGAUAUCGUUAAGGCCACCCAGUACGGCGCCAUAGCCAGGGUCCGGGAGCUGGUCGAGUCUGGCUGGGAUGUGAACCAGCCGGAUAGCGAGACGGUCACCCUCCUCCAUUGGGCGGCGAUCAACAAUCGACGAGAUAUCAUCAGGUACUUCCUGGAGAAGGGCGCCACCGUUGAUGCCGUUGGGGGUGAGCUGAAUGCCACGCCCCUGCACUGGGCUACCAGACAGGGCCACCUGGGUGCCGUAGUCCUGCUCAUGGCCGCCGGGGCCGAUCCACGGAUCCGGGAUGCGGAGGGCUGCUCCUGCAUACACAUUGCAGCUCAGUUCGCCCACACCGCCCUAGUGGCGUACUUCAUAGCCAAGGGGGUGGAUCCAGAUCUACAAGAUCGGGGAGGAAUGACGGCGCUCAUGUGGGCAGCAUGGAAGGUCUGCGCCCUGGAUCCCGUGCGCCUGCUGCUCACCCUUGGAGCCAAUCCCGCCAUGGUUGACUACACGCAUGGCAACACGGCCUUGCAUUGGGCCAUCCUGGCACGCAAUGCCACCGCCAUUUCCACACUGGUGCUCAAGUCGAAGGCCUCACUGGACGUGCCCAAUAUGCGGGGAGAGACGCCGCUCACGAUGCUCGAGUCUCAGACGGGCGCCAUCUGGAUCGGGGCCAAGGUAAUGGAUCGCGUGCGAGAGGCGGCGCUCACCUCACAGCAGCGACGCUCGCUGGUGUCCAAGCUGCGGCACGACAAACGCUUGCGAUGGUGGUCAAUGGUGGCCUGCCCCUUCACCGCCUUCUAUCUGGCAGGGAUCGUGUUCACCCUGAACACGCUGUAUAUCAUUAAGUUUUUCCUGCUCGGCUGCUUGUACGGCAUAUUCCACACAAUUGGCAAGACCCUCUUCGAUGAGCACCUGAUGGCUCUGCUCCCGUUGAGCGUUUACCUGGCCACCAAGGCGUGGUUCUAUGUCACCUGGCUGAUGUAUAUCGAUGAUGCUGUCUCCCUUACGGCCACUGUAUGCUUCCUCAUCUGCUCCCUGAUAUUGUGGGUGUGCUUCCUCAAGUCGUGGAAGGGAGAUCCGGGCAUCAUCCGACCAACCAGGGAACAGCGAUUCAAGACCAUCAUUGAGCUAUCGGAACGGGGUGGCAUUGGUUUUGAGCCCGCCUCCUUUUGCUCCGGCUGCCUGGUGAGGCGACCCAUACGCUCCAAGCACUGUUCGGUAUGCGAUCGAUGUGUGGCAAGGUUCGAUCAUCAUUGCCCCUGGGUGGGCAACUGCAUUGGGCUGAAGAAUCACAGCUACUUCAUGGGAUUCCUUUGGAUGCUCCUGAUCAUGUGCGUCUGGAUGCUGUAUGGCGGCUCCAAGUACUACGUGAAUCAGUGCAAUGUGCACUUUGAUGACUUCCUUGGGGCGAUGCGGGCCAUUGGCAACUGCAAUGCCUGGGUGGGCUGGGUGAUGGGCAAUGCCCUGCUCCACAUGUCCUGGGUGAUUCUGCUGACCAUUUGCCAGACAUAUCAGGUGAUUUGCUUGGGCAUGACCACCAAUGAGCGCAUGAAUCGGGGUCGCUAUCGUCACUUCCAGGCCAAGGGCGGACACAGCCCGUUCACGCGCGGCCCCAUACAGAAUCUAAUUGACUUUUUGGAGUGCAGCUGCUUUGGCCUGGUGCAGCCGAAGCGUGUGGACUGGAUGAACUACUACGACUAUGAUGCCCAUGUGCAUCAGACCAUCGAGAAGGAGCCGCUGCUCAGCGUUGACUGCCCGGACGGGAUGGGUGGGGAUCAUCAGUAUGUGUAGGAUAAGUCCUAUCGGGAUGCGAAGACGCUUCAAAUGCCCAUAGCGCAUGUCUAACAACGGAAUUGCUUUCGAAAACAAACAGCAACAGCUUCUUCUCUCCCCAAUCCCUGAACUCCAUCCCCAUCCCCAUCCCGUAUGAUUUCCGGAAAACCCUUGUAAUUGGUACGCUCUGCUGCAAACUAUACAAAAAAAAAUAGAACCAAUGAUUCACAAAUGAAUUCUACAAACAAAACCAGAAGACAGACAGAAGCGUCAUUGCCGACCGAUAUCGGAUAUUGGAUGGACGAGAGUGGUUUAUGGGGGGAGUGCCCCACCCCCCACAUACAUACGUACAUAUUAAUGCAUGUAUUACUGUAAUUACUCUGUACAUUUCUGCAUAUUAAUUCUGCAUCUUACACACAAACUACACUUCGAUAAUAAGCUGAAAGUAAUACGCGAACCGACACGGAUUUUGUCCCUCUCAAGUAUUUGUAAUACCAAAAAAAAAACAAAAAAAAAACAGAAACAGAAAUGCAAGCAAACAAAAGAAAACGUAUGAAAAGAAACACCGAACAAAUGCAAUACCUAAUCUAAUACAUAAAUGCAAAACGAAUCAAAACAAAAUAUUGUUUUAAGCGUGCAAUAUUCAAGAUUCCAAUUCAAAUAAUACGAUAUUGACAAAUUUGUAAAGCGCACACCACA